CUCUUUUGCUGCCAAACGCGCCGGUGAAAUUCUACAACCAUCUUAUGCUGACGAUGAAAAUAUGGCAGCUGGAAGAACCAGGUCCUUCCGUCGCGUUGGGAGUCUCAUGCGGAGUAAAUCUGAGGGGACACUAAUUGAUCUGAGUGAUGGCGCCCCAGCUACUGACAACUUGAAUGGUGGGUACAUUCCAGGAAUUACACAGAACUCAGACUGGCAGCUACUAAACCCAGAAGUCCCACAUUCAUCUCAAACAAAGAAUCCCUUUUGGAACAAACUGUCCACAUCAAACCCUUUCUUAGAUGACAUUGUGCAUGGCAGCACCGACAAAAAUAUUUUUGACACACCGGAUGGAAAGCAGGACAAUAAAAAACACCAGGACACAAAUAACGAUGACGCCAUCAGCACAUCUUCAGACGAAGGAAACGUGGGGGACUUUUUGGAAAACAAAGCGGGCAACAGAUCUGGGAGAUGGAGGAGUGCUUCAGACAUCCUGGAGAACUUGGAGAGAAAGGUGCCAAAACGAGAGAACAGCUUCCAACCACCCGGGCCGGUGCUGAACCCGGAUUUUGAGUGGCUAAAGAAUGACCGGGAGGCCUAUAAGAUGGCCUGGCUGAGCCACAGGCAGCUAACCCGCUCAUGCCUGGACUUGAAUCUGAUAAGCCAGAGUCCUGGGUGGGCUCAGACCCAGGCCACGAACUUUCAGGUUAUCCACAAGAUCGGACACAGUGGAGGGUCACUGCAGUUGCCAGAAUCAGAAAUUAGCAUCCAUAUCCCAGAGGGACACGUUCCUCCUGGAGAAGUCCAGGAAGUUACACUGAAGGCAAUGCUGGACCCUCCUCCUGGACUCAACAACAACUACAUGACAACCAUGAGCCCACUUGUUGAGGUGGUCCUCAGCAACAUCAACACAAAGGAGUGUUUGUCUCUGGAGGUGAAGCUGUCCGGAGAGGUGAAGGAUGAACCUCUAAGCCAAGUGAUGACCACGGUGUAUGGGCUCGUGUCCAACAAAAGAGACGGACCUUACGUCAAAAUGAAUGACUGUUACAUUUACAAGAACACGAUGCAGAUGAAGCUUCAGGACCUGAAGACACAUUUUUAUGUGAUUGCGGUUGCAGAGGCCUCUGCGUUGCAGCCCCCUGCUACAUCAGUAUGGGAUUACCUUGACCGCCACAUCACCAUGGCAGUUUAUGGCCCCAGGUACAUCCAUCCAUCAUUCAAGGUUGUAAUAGUUGUCUGCUGUCAUGAGGACGUUCCACCAAAGCUGCCGUUUUCAGAUAUCUGCAGAGGCAACAAAAGCCUACCUCCACUUGUGCUGCAGCUCUGGGGAAAACACAGGUUUAAACCAGACAAACUGAAUGACCUGCAUGUUGGAGUUGGCAUCACAGGCUCGAUUUUUAAAAUCCAGCCUGAGGACAAACUCAAAGAAGUGAGGCAAAGCCAGCUCAAAAUAGGGACAGUUUUGCAUCUCCCAGUUGCUUUAUCUUGUUCUGGUAAUACAGAAAUGACUCCUUUUCAAUUAGAUAUAGAGGUGAAGGAAUCAAAGGCUUCAGCUGUUGCACAUUUCCAGGUGCCUUCCCCUCCUGCAGCACCCAUCCGAUCAGAAAAGCGAGUGCCGAGGCAGAUAGAAAAGAAGAUUGAAAUGGCGAGAACUAUGCCCAUUCCUGAGGAAAGUAUUCCCGAUGUGCCCAAAUUCCCAGACAAACCUGUGAACCUGAAGUGGUACGGUGUAGCCCUGAAGUCAGUCCUCCGUCAGCCACGCGUAGAAUACCUUCUGGAGUACUUCAAGGGUGACACAGUGGCUCUCCUUUCCAGGGAGACUGUUAGGUCAGUGGGUAACUCAAAGGUAAAGGAGUGGUAUAUCGGAUUCCUCAGAGGAAGGACUGGUUUAAUUCACUGCAAAAACAUCAAACUCAUAACCAGAGAGCAGGUGAUUGACUUUACCGGCAUUAAGCUCACAGCAGAGGUCCUCUUGGACAACAUGACGCUUCCCUUCAACAAGCUCACUUACAUGUACUCGGCCAUCCAGACUCUGGUCACUGAACACAUAAGCAGCUGGAAAAGCUUUGCGAGUGUUUUAGGGUAUAGAAGCCUGUCGCCAGACACAAUGACUCGGAGGUACGCUGAAACUGAGGCCGAUAAGGUGGCCUGCAUUCUGGAAAAGCUGAAGGAGGAUUGCCACACCGACAAGAGGCGAAGAAAGUUCCUGCAUGAGCUCAUGGUGGGUCUACUGAAGAUAGACUCCAUGAAACUUGUAGCCCGCCUCAUUCAGAACACCGUCAUCUUGUCCACUGCUGUGGAACUUGGAGUCCGAUGGCGAGAGCUUGCUGAGAAGAUGGGAAAGCUCUCCAGUGCUCAGAUAGCCAGCUAUGAGGCGCCUCAUCGAGGAAGGAACGGCGAAGUCGGCCCCCAGUCGAUGUGGAAGCCAGCCUAUGACUUCCUCUACUCCUGGAGUCUGCGUUAUGGAGACAGUUACAGGGACAUGAUCCAGGAUCUGCACUUGAUCCUGGACAAAAUGAAAAAUCCGGCCACCAGACAGUGGAGGCACCUGACCGGUGCGCUCAUCACAGUGAACUGCCUUGAUAUCUUUCAAGCUUCUGCUCACCCAAAACCUUAAACCCUCUGCAAAUGGACUUCAGUGAUUAACCCCCUGAACCCCAAACUGGUUUUAAAUGCAUGUUGUCUUUUUAAAAAAUCACCAAAAUGACACCAUGUAUAAGAGCCAGAAACCGGAAAAACAAAUAGUCAUCAGAUUUUAAACCCUCUGAUGGUCCUUGAACUACUUAUCAUAUUAGUACCAUCUGGGGUGCACUUGGAUGAGUAUUGUACAUUUUUAAUUCAAGGUAAAUUUUUUUGUAAAACUAAGAAUCAAUUAACUUCAAGCCCACGGAGAGUUAAAAUGUGACAAAAAAAAAAAAACCCCACCCCAAAACAGUUUGGGGUUCAGAGGGGUUAAAAACAGCCUUUCUGUUUUCGGGGGAAGCAGAGCUGUGAUUUUGGUUACAACAAUAAGGUCUAAAUGAACAUGCUACCUACCUUUCUUUGCUGUCUAUUGUACACAAGCAUUAGAAGCUGAGAUUCAAUCAGUUGCGUGCACUAUAUGUUCUCACAGAUAGUGAGGUGUGAAGGAAAGCUAAGUCUUUGUCUCUGUGCAAAUGUGAUGUUGCCUUAAAGUCCGUUUUCAGUUUGGUAGAUCAUUUUCAGUGUUUGUGAGGUCAGUAAUACUGGAGGGGACAUCAGCGGUCCUGUAGCGCUGCAACGAUUAAUCGAGUAACUACCAUUAAGCAGCAACUAUUUUUAUAACUGAUAAAUCCGUUUGAUGAACUUUUAUGGAAAAAAAAAAACAUUUAAAUUGUGGCUUCUUAAAUGUGAAUAUUUUGUGGUGUAUUUCCUUCUCUAUGACAGUUUUUGGGUUGUGGACACAGCAAGACAUUUGUCAUUUUGGGUUUCUUUGUUUUCAGACAUUUUACGGACCAAGAAAAUAAUCGACAGAUUAUUUAACAGUGAAGCUAAUAUUAGUUGCAGUCCCACCAUCCUGCAUCAAAACAGUCUAAUGUAUAGUCACGAUGUUUUUACCUUUUUUCACAGAAAGCCAAUAUUACACAGCUCAGACUCUGUAUUUUUUUGUAUCAUACUUCCCAUAGAUCUGCAAUCCUUUAAAAGAGCAGGCUUCUACACAAUGGGUUUAUUUGUCUAAUUCAUCAUUUCAAAUAGUUCAUUUAACAAAAAAAAAAAAAAAAGCAUUUUUUAGGUUCCUGUGAACACUUACUGGGUGUCAGUGGUUCUUUUUUAGAAACAGUUCUCCGUAACAUUAACUGUCAGUAGCUGAAUGAACAGUCAGAGGACUGAUUAAUGUGAACAGUGUGGUUGAAAAUCUCAAGGGUUACAGUGCUGACAGUCCAUUAAUCUUUAUUAUUUGUUGAGGUCUGAAAGUGAAGAUGUUCUACCAAAGUGAAAGUUCCCUGAUGCGAGUAAACAAACAAGAAAGAAGUUAUUAUGCAGCACAUGUGUCAUAAAUUGUUAUUUUCUGAAAUAUUAGUGCUAUUUUUAUACUGUAAUGUCAUGUCGUAGAGUCGCACAAAGCAGAUAAUUUAAUAAUAAAGCAAACAAUGUAAUCAUUAUAUAUUCAUUGUGUUAUGUUGUCAAAUGGAAACCUCAGUGUUUCGAGUGGUGCCGUCAGUCACUGAAACCUCAGACGACUGAUAUGUUGUAAAUGCGUUGCAGAAGAUAUGAAUAAAUAUAAACUGUGACACU